AUGCCCGGCCUACCGGCUUCAGUCGAUCUGGACGAGUGCAUCUCGCGCUUGUACAAGAAGGAACUGCUUGCAGAAUCCGUCAUCGAAGCAAUAUGCGCCAAGACGAAAGAGCUGCUCAUGCGCGAAAGCAACGUUGUCCACGUCCGCGCCCCCGUAACCGUCGUCGGGGAUAUACACGGCCAAUUCUUCGACCUCAUUGAGAUAUUCAAGAUUGGUGGCUGGUGCCCCGACACAAAUUACCUCUUUUUGGGCGACUAUGUCGAUCGCGGAAUGUUCAGCGUCGAGACCAUAUCCCUCCUUGUUUGUUUAAAGCUUAGAUACCCGAACCGCGUCCAUCUGAUCCGAGGGAAUCACGAGUCGCGCGGCGUCACACAGUCAUAUGGCUUCUAUACCGAAUGCUCAAGAAAAUACGGCAAUGCCAACGUCUGGCAUCAUUUUACCGACAUGUUUGAUUUCCUCACGCUCAGCGUUGUGAUAAAUGACCAGAUAUUCUGUGUCCACGGAGGCCUCUCCCCUUCUAUCCAUUCUAUCGACCAGAUCAAGAUCAUCGACCGUUUCCGCGAAAUUCCCCACGAGGGGCCCAUGGCCGACCUUGUGUGGUCCGACCCAGACCCGGAACGCGACGAGUUCAGCCUCUCGCCGCGCGGCGCCGGCUACACCUUUGGCGCGCAAGUCGUCAAGAAGUUCUUGGCCGUCAACGGCAUGUCGCAUAUCCUGCGUGCUCACCAGCUUUGCCAGGAGGGCUACCAGGUGCUCUACGACGAUCGCUUGAGCACCGUCUGGAGCGCACCGAAUUAUUGUUACCGAUGCGGGAAUAUGGCUAGUGUUCUCGAAGUGAGCGACACCGGCGAGCGCUUCUUCAACGUCUUUGCUGCGGCUCCUGAAAACGACCAGCACAAGGACAUACAACCUGGUGGCGAGAAGUCGGCCGAUUCGAGUGCACUUCCGGACUACUUUUUGUAA